AUGUCGACCGCACGCCGAUUGACACCUCAAUCGAUAUGUCUAUUCUGUCGACUUUCCUCCCGCCUUUCAAAGCAGAAUAAUCCACGUGUUUUGCACCAUCGAGCGACGGCGGUGGUGGGGGGGUUAACGAAUCCUUCCAGAAACACCACUACACCACUACAAGUUACCUACCGUCGAUGUUUCUCCACUACUCGGGGUAGAUUACAAUCCUCCACCACAGCUACUACCACGAACGGAACAUCAACAGAACAACCCCAAAAAGAAAAAUCAACAAUAGAAAACGAAGGAACAAUCUCCCCAUCAUCAUCACUACCAUACAUCAAAUCCUUGCGAAUAAAAUGGCAGGACACUCUACCUGCUGGAUUACUCUCAUCAUCAGACCAACGGCUUUGGACUACCCUCUAUGGAGAACCGAAGCGAUUGUGGAAUGCUGAUGAAACGGUGGAGAUCGAGGGGUUAAUGUCUGAUGGAAUGUUAUUUGAAGAAGCGGUGUUGGUUGUUGAUGGGGUUAAUGCUGUUAGAAGUGGGGGGGAAGGAGAGGAAGGUGGGUAUAUGGUUGAAAAUGGGGUUGUGAGUUAUUAUGGUCCUGUUGAUGAGGAGGGGAGACCGUUGAAAAAGGGGGAGGAAGGGGAGGAAGAGGUGGUGAUGGAGGGGAAGGAGGGAAAGGAGGGAGGGGUUGUGGAGGGGGUAAAGGAAGAAGGCGGGAAGGAAGGGAAAAUUGGGACGGAGUUUAUACCGCCGACGUCGUUUAAAGAUCCGAUUGAAGAAGCGAAAGUUCAAGCAUUACUUGAUGCUCGUGCUGCAGCUGCCGAGAUCACAAAUGAGCUUGAUACGCUAUAUUCUAAAGAAAAGGGAGAAGAAGGGGAAGAAUACGUCCGAACACAUCCGUUAACCCUUCGAGGACGGUUUGCGACUCACCCGUCUACAGUAUUUGUUCCGAAAUCGUUACAAAAUACUACGGUUUCAUUAUUGAAGGAUACGAAACUGGAGCAUUUACGUGAACGAGCGUUUCUGUAUAACCCUCCGUCUAUUAGAGCACCCACUGGUGCGGGCACGAUUAAGGGAAUCGCAAAGGGUGGGAAAAGUGGGUAUCAUCCCAAUCUUAGUCCUGAGACUCAUAGGGGGGAUAGAUUGGAUGCGGCGGUUUGGUUGGGAAUUGUUAUGCCGGAGGUUUAUUCUGUUAAUUUGGGGGUUGCGACGGAAGUUAGGAGACGGCUUGGUGGGGAAUGGGCAAAGGGUGUUAAGAAGGUUUUGGAUGUUGGAGGUGGUGGAGCUGGAAUUUUGGCUUGGGGGGAUAUCGUGAAGGCUCAGAAUAUGGCGGAGGAGGAGAGACGGUUACACGAGAAUUCUUCAUCAGAAGAUUCCUCGAUGGAGAGAUUUGAAGGGGAUGAGAUUGUUUCUAGUGGAGAGGCGGAUGGGACUUGGGAUUGGGGUCAUGGAGUCGAGGGUAUUAAAGCCGCUAGUUUGGAUGAAGAUUUCAAGUUUGAGGCGACGGUUGUGACGGCUUCUCCGCAUGUUAGGAAUCUUGCGUCGAAGGUAUUGGCCAAUACGACUUUCUUGCCUCGAGUGCCGUAUUUUUCGGCGGCUUAUGGGAAUGUUAAAUGGGACGAUUCCGGGCUAUCACAGUUCUCGAAAGCUAGCAAGGGAGCAACUGAUGUUGAUGAAGACAUCGGCGAAAUAACCUGGCAAGAUGAACCAUCAUCGUCGUCGUCGUCACAAUCUCCAUCCCAAGAAACAGAAGACAAAAAACAACCCCCCAUAAACCCGAAACGUAGCUACGACCUCAUCUUCGCAAGCUACACCCUCGAACACAUCAAAAAAGAAAACCUCUUCAAACACCACAUCGACAAUCUCUGGCAACUCCUCACCCCCGGCGGCGUCCUCUGCCUCGUCGAACUAGGAAACAUCGACGGUUUCAACAACAUAGCUAGCGCAAGGCAACGACUACUUCGAAAAUGGAUAAAAUCCCCCUUAUCAGAGAAAAAGAAAGACCCCUCCCAAGAUGGUUCAGAAGAAUUCGACGAUAUCUCCGCUCCCAUCGAAGAAGAUGUUCUAGGAUUAGGACAGGUAACACCAAAACUUACCGCAAAGGAAGUCGCAAAUUCCACGUUAGCGGAAAAACUCGAAGACGGAAUGAUCAUUGCCCCUUGUACCAACCACAACGAAUGUCCAAUGCACACCAAUCAACGAACAAUCUUCAAAUCCAACGACAUCUGCAAAUUCCCCCAAAAAUACCAACGAACCAUUAUAGCCCAAAGAGUAGUCUCCGGGUAUACCGACCAUACAAACGCAUUCUUUAGUUACAUCUCCGUCCGUCGAGGUAUCAAAAAGGAUGAAUCACUGGCUGUGGAUCAAAGAGUUGCGAAACGUCGAAGGGAAGUUUCGGAAAUGGAAGCAAUAACAAGGAAACCGAAGUUAUUACCCAUGGAAGUUGAUAAAAUUAAUCAAGAGUAUUCGGAAGAUCAGAAGAGGGGGUAUAUGCACCUCCAACCGCGACUGAUUUUACCACCGAUUAAGGGAGAUCAUCACGUUACUCUCGAUGUUUGUACAGCUCAUGGAGAUUUGGAGAGGUGGAUUGUUCCUAAUAGUUUUAGUAAGAAGGCUUAUACUGAUGCUAGAAAAGCCAGAUGGGGGGAUUUAUGGGUUUGGGGGGCGAAGACUAAGGUUGUUAGGGAGAGUAAGAAGGUUGUUAUUGAAAGAGAAAGGGAAGGGAGGAAAGAGAGGGCGGAGAGGGAAGGGGAGAAGAGUGUUGUUUCUGUUGGGAAGAGUAAGAAGAAGGAUGGGAGGAAAGGAUGGGAUAAUGCUAGGAAGGUGGAGUUACCCAAGGCGGGCAAGUUUGCGGGGAAGAAGAUUAAUAGAGUGCCGUUUAAGAAGUUGGCGAAGAGUGUGGAGGGGUAUACGAGGGAGAAAGGGAGGAUGGGGAAGGAGCAGGAUGUUGAGUGA